AUGGCUGGCGGAACCACUUGUGCCAAAGUGCUACGCUUCAUUCGGAGCCUGACCCGAAAGAAGCCCAUGAAGCCCGAUGGCGAGGUGUCCAACUUCUGCCGGUGCCUGACCACCUUGGACCUGGUGGGGCUGGGCGUGGGCAGCACGCUGGGGGCCGGCGUCUACGUGCUGGCGGGGGAGGUGGCCCGGGAGGUGGCCGGCCCCAGCAUCAUCCUCUCCUUCCUGGUGGCGGCGGUGGCUUCCGUCUUCGCCGGCUUGUGCUACUCCGAGUUCGGAGCCCGGGUCCCCAAGACGGGCUCGGCGUACCUCUACUGCUACGUGACCUUGGGGGAGGUGUGGGCGUUUGUGGCGGGCUGGAACCUGCUGCUGUCCUACGUCAUUGGAACCUCCAGUGUGGCCAAAGCCUGGACCGGGACCUUCGAUGACCUCUUGGACAACAUUAUUGCUCGAACUCUGGAGAAGCAUACCCCGAUGCAGUCGAACGGCUUGGCCACGUACCCCGACUUCUACGCCGCCGGGAUAAUUAUGCUGCUGGCCGGGGUUCUUGCGUUCGGCGUGAAGGAGUCGGCCGUCAUCAACACCGUGAUUACGGGGGUGAAUGUACUCGUAUUGGUUUUCAUCAUAAUCGCUGGCUGCAUUAAAGGAGACCUCGGCAACUGGAGCAUCAGUCGGGAGACGAUCCUGAAUGCAACUCUUCUCAAGGAGAACAUGACGAUGCACAAUGACACGGUCGACUUUGGCGUCGGCGGCUUCUUUCCCUUCGGCUUCGACGGCACGUUGGAAGGAGCAGCGACUUGUUUCUAUGCCUUUGUGGGAUUUGACUGCAUCGCCACCACGGGGGAGGAGGUGCAGAACCCGCAGAAAGCCAUCCCCCUGGGCAUCGUGACGUCCCUGCUGAUCUGCUUCCUGGCCUACUUCGGCGUGUCGGCCGCUCUGACGCUCAUGAUGCCCUACUACCUGCUCGACAGCCACAGCCCUCUACCUGUGGCCUUCGAACAUGUCGGCUGGGAGCCCGCGAAGUACGUCGUGGCGGUGGGAUCCCUCUGUGCACUGUCAACAAGUCUCCUCGGCGUGAUGUUCCCGAUGCCUCGGGUGCUCUUCGCCAUGGCGAGGGACGGCCUGCUCUUCAAGCCCCUCUGUUACCUGAGCUCCAGGCAAAGCCCCGUCGUUGCCACGCUGUCCUCGGGAGCAGUGGCCGCCGCCAUGGUCCUGUUAUUUGACUUGAAGGCACUCGUUGACAUGAGUUCAAUUGGAACCAUCUUCGCCUAUACCCUUGUUGCAGUGUGUGUUCUCGUUUUAAGGUACAAAGAAGACCCUGGUCUUAUCCGUCGGCCGGAGCCCUUCAGUGUGAUGGGUCUGUUGAGGCCUCCCUCUCAACCCACCCACCGCACCUCCAAAAAUGUCAACGUAGUCACCAUCAUUAUUUUGAUGCUGGUGAUCGUUUUAAGCGUCCUGCUGUCCGAGGGUCUGCUUUCCCUCCGCAGACGAGAGUUGUGGAGCACGCUGAUCGUCUCCCUCCUCAUGCUGGCGCUGGUCCUCGCCGUCGCCGUCGUCUGGAAACAGCCGCAGAACACGACGAAAGCGGCUUUCAUGGUUCCUGGUCUACCCUUUAUUCCAGUUUUAAGCAUCUUCAUGAAUACCUACCUGAUGGUUCAGCUGGGAGGAGAGACUUGGAUCAGCUAUGCUGUCUGGAUGGCAGUGGGCCUGAUCAUCUACUUUGGCUACGGGGUUCGUAACAGCGUCCAGAAGCAGCGGCUGCGGGACGCUCGCGUCCAGCUGCGAGCGGCCGUGAACCCCGACGUGGCGGCGUGA